AUUUAACCUUCCUAAAUAAUUUGUCACUUGUAAAUGGCAAUUUUCUGAGAAUACCAUGUUGCUAAGCGACAGACCGGAAGUAUUUCUGUUAUGUAACUAUUAUAUGGCGCGUUUGUGAGUCUCAUGUUAAAAGUUUUAUGCCUACAUGCCUUAAAGCCAAGAUUAAGAUUACUAGAAUAUAUAAAACCAAAACGAGGUAUGUCUAAACAGAAGAAGUUAACCGAUUAUGGAAACCCUGCAAAAAAGCAGAAAGUAGAAGAAAUUGAUGAAGCAGAAACCACAGAAUUUCUUAAUAAUAUAUCUUCAGAAAGAUUGUCAUGUGCUUCCUCAAUUAAAGAUUUCAAAUUUAACAAAAAGAGAGUCAGAGUGAUUUCUGAAGCUAAAGAUAUACCAAAAAAUGCAGAAACUAUUGUGUACUGGAUGUCAAGAGACCAGCGUGUUCAAGACAACUGGGCACUUCUGUAUGCUCAAUAUCUUGCUUUUAAGGUUGAUCUCCCAGUCUGCAUUUGUUUCUGCUUGGUUCCGAAGUUUUUAGAUGCUACUAUUCGACAUUAUCGCUUCAUGCUGAAAGGUUUGAAAGAAGUAUCAGAGGAAUGUGAGUCAUUGAAUAUUCAUUUUCACUUACUUUUUGGUGAAGCCAAAGAUGUGUUACCAAACUUUGUAAAGAGCAACAAAGUUGGAACUAUUGUUACAGAUUUUUCACCCUUAAGAGUACCAAGAAAAUGGCUUUUAGAUAUUUCAAAAAAGUUGCCAUCUGAUGUACCAUUGUUGCAAGUUGAUGCUCAUAAUUUAGUUCCAUGUUGGAUAGCUUCUGAUAAGCAAGAAUAUGGAGCCAGGACAAUCAGGAAAAAAAUUCAUGACAAACUUAAAGAAUUCCUUACAGGAUUUCCCCCAGUAUUAAAACAAAAGGUUACUGCAAAAUGCAUGUACGAGCCCACUGAUUGGAAAAACAUUGAAAAGCAUUUAGAUGUGGACAUGAAUGUAGGGGAUGUAGCUUGGGCCCAGCCAGGAACUAAAGGAGGCUUGCUAAAAUUAUAUGAAUUUGUUAAAAUUCGAUUAAAGUAUUUUAAUGAUUCACGCAAUGAUCCUACGAAAGACAGUUUGAGUAAUCUUUCUCCGUGGUUUCAUUUUGGUCAGAUUUCGAUACAAAGAAGUAUUCUAGUUGUUCUUAAGUACAAGAGUAAAUAUCCUGCAUCAGUAGAUGCAUUUGUUGAAGAAGCAGUAAUUCGUAGGGAGCUUGCUGAUAACUUUUGCUAUUAUAAUUCAAAAUAUGAUGAAGUGGAGGGUGCAUAUGAUUGGGCUAAAAAGACAUUAAAAGAUCAUUCAAAAGAUAAGCGAGAAUAUUUGUAUUCGAAGGAAAAAUUGGAAGAUGCAAAAACUCAUGAUCCUCUAUGGAAUGCAGCUCAGAGACAAUUGAUUGUGGAAGGGAAAAUGCAUGGAUUCUUGCGGAUGUAUUGGGCAAAGAAAAUUUUAGAGUGGACUCAAAGUCCUGAAGAAGCACUGGAGAUAGCGAUAUAUCUCAAUGAUAAAUAUUCAUUGGAUGGGCGUGAUCCAAAUGGUUAUGUGG